AGGGUUGAUGUGUUGACCUGGCAUAUGACUGGUCUCCGUAGAUUGUCGCACUCUUUUGUUGACCAUGUCUCUGGCCUGCGGACAUAGGCUAUCUGCCAUCCACCUCGAAAUUUAUCCAUCUUUCACGAAGCGCGACUGCCUAUUUCUUAACGCGCUUCAUCAUUAUCAGCGACCGAGGACCUUUCUCAACUGCGCGACUAAUCUCGAAGCAGGCAGCUCCGUACUCUCUGGCCAGCGCAGGCAGUACAGUGCAACAAAAUUCGGACAUAACGAGAAUUAUUAUGCCAUACUGGGUGUGUUGCAGAACGCCUCAGAUCAAGAAAUAAAAUCUGCUUUUUUACGGAGAGCCAAAGAAUUUCAUCCUGAUGUCAACAAACACGAUCCAGACGCAAAAAAUAAAUUUAUAAAAAUCAAGGAAGCAUACGAAAUACUUUCAAACACCAGCAAAAGGACAAAUUAUGACUCAAUGCUGCGUUGUCGCAGCAGUCCUGCAAGUUCCCGGGAAUUUACCUCGAGAUCCGCCGAAAAUAACUACGGAAGGCAACAGCAAACUUAUCGAAGACCGAGCUAUGGAUACGCGCGUACCAGGAGUAGUUGGAAUCGCCAACAUGCCUGGCAAAAUGACAUUGACAGUACGAUGAGAUGGAGUGUGCAUAUAAACGCCCAUCGAAAACAGCUGGAACCGUACUUCAACUCUCUUCUUGUUGCUUCUUUAAUCGCCCUCGGGUGUUCUGUGGCGUGGUUCCAACUCCAGUCCAGGUCCUUCUCUGAAAAUAAGAACCCGUUCUAUUCUCUCGACGACUCGGACGAGUCUUGGCCAGAAGACUCACCCUAUUACCCAUGGCAACAACAACCUAAGUAUCAGCCCAAAAACCCUGAGUUUAGCCGUUACUUCAAUUCUGUCAACAAAGAACCUAACAUUCCGGGACACCUUUUAAAGAAAACAGAAUUACCACCUCUGUGACGUCUAUUUUCGACGCCCAUACGCUUUGCAGUCAAGGCCCCCUGUCCUAUGAAAAACGGGUCGUGCUUUCUUCGUCGCAGUCAGGAUAGAAGGCUCGAUUCGGCGCAUCACGUAGUUGUCAGGCAUCAAUGUGAUCGCUUUUAAUGUAUCAAUUUACACAAUC